ACGCUGUUUGUUGAUAUCCAAGCAUCCUAUCUAAAUUCUUCUAUACUGUUGGCUCCGGUGGCCUGAAAGUCUUCAGUUUCAUUUUCCAUUAACUUGCGGCAGCAGCAAAUUAAACCAAGACUUGCUACACGAAACUCACAGCGAAAGCUAUGGAGAAACAACUGAAGUCUGGUCAUUUAGUGUUUGUUUUGUACCCAUUUCAAGGCCACAUAACUCCCAUGCUCCAGCUAGCAACUAUUUUACACUCAAAGGGUUUCUCAGCCACUAUAGUUCACCCUGAAUUGAACUCUCCUGACCCUUCAAACCACCCUGAAUUCUCCUUCAUAUCAAUACCAGAUAAGCUAACGGAAUCUGAAGUCUCCGAUGGAGAUAUUGCAAGUCUCGUGCUGAGUCUCAACAAGAACUGUGCAGCACCUUUUCAGCAAUGCAUGAAAAAGAUAUUGCAUCAGAAAUGUUCUCAUGAUCAUACUGCUGGCAUCCUCUAUGACACACUCAUGUAUUGUGCUCAAACUGUUGCUGAUGAUCUGAAGCUGCCUGGGAUAAGUGUGCGUACAAGUGCAGCUGCAACAUUGUUACUCUAUCCUGUCUUUCCUCAUCUUGAUGGGAAAGAUUCUAUUUCUGAAAACGAAAUGCCAGAGCUUCGAUCACUUCAGCUCCAACACAUGCGUGCAUUACUGUUACAGAAUCCAACAGAUGCAAUGACAGAGGUGAGAGCUGCAAUGACAAACGGGACGAAGAGCUCAUCAGCUAUCAUUGUGAACACUAUCCACUUCCUUGAACAAGCAGCACUGUCAAAAGUCAAAGAAUACUUCCCUGCUCCAAUUUUCACCAUAGGACCGUUUCACAAGUUAGCUCCAACCAUCUGCAGCUCAAUAUUGAUGGAAGAUGCGAACUGCAUCUCUUGGCUUAACAAGCAAGCCCCAAAAUCUGUCAUCUAUGUAAGCUUUGGUAGCUUGGCCAGCAUUGAUGAGCAAGAACUAAUUGAGAUGGCCUGGGGUCUAGCUAACAGUAAACAACCAUUCUUGUGUGUGAUUAGGCCUGGUUUUGUUCGUGGCUCAGAAUGGAUUGAGUCAUUGCCAAAUGGAUUCCAGGAGAGUCUGGGAGAAAGAGGUUGCAUUGUGAAAUGGGCACCCCAAAAAGAAGUGUUGGCGCAUUGUGCAGUGGGGGGAUUUUGGAGUCACUGUGGAUGGAAUUCAACCAUUGAAAGUAUUUGUGAAGGGGUACCAAUGCUAUGCAAGCCUUUCUUUGGAGACCAAGUCUUGAACUCAAACUACAUCUGUCAUGUUUGGAGAGUAGGCCUGGAAUUGCAGAAUAAGUUGGAGAGAGGGAAUAUAGAAAGAGCAAUAAAAAAACUAAUGGUGGAUAUGGAGGGAGAGCAGAUAAGAAAGAAAGCCAUGUAUUUGAAGGAGAAAGCAGAUCUUUGUCUACGGGAGGGCGGUUCUUCAUGCUGUUCUUUGAAUGAGUUAACAAAGCAGAUAUCAUCAUUUGAUUACAAGACCUGAAACUCAGAUCCCUGUGCUUUCAGUAAG